GCGUCCCACGCAGGCGUUGCGCGUGACGUCAUCGCGCACGGGGCAGGUUCAGGCUCAGACGUAGGAGGACAAAACACGAAGAAGGACUAAAGGGUGACGAUCAUAAUUUAAAAAAAAAAAAAAAAAAAAGACGCGCUCGCACGGGUGGAUUGUUCCGCGAGUGGACGUGAUGCCCACGUGACCGCGGGUGCGGGAAGACAAGCGGGACGGGAAGGUGGACUUCAUGGUCGACGUCCGGAGCGUCCGAUCGCCGCCUUUUGCUGCAGUUGGAGCAAUCGACGGACGCCGUCCGCGUGAUGUCGUCCACGUCGCGCUGACGAGCAGGUGAUGCUUGGCCCGGGAGAUCACGCGAGUGGGGGGUCGUGUCCGAGACGCGUCCGCACGUGUCCCGCUUUGUGAUGAUCGAGAGCGUGCGGCCCGCAGCGCGUCUUGCCGCAAUGCCGACGGGAGGGAGCGCGUGGAGGCACGGCUGCGGACAGCCAGCAGCGUCGUGGAAAGAAGACUUCUAGGACCCGUCAUGGCGGGCCGAUGAGGCGCACUGUCAGCGGGCCGCCUUCAACACCUGAGCUCCAAGCAAAGUGGAAGCGCACCUGAACUUGUCCACGCAUCAUCAUCAUCACCAUCGUCACCAUCAUCACCAUGCCCUCGCCGUCCGACUCCAGCAGCGUGGCGUCCGCCUCGGGGUCCCGCGGCUGGUCGGACAGCCGGCGGGGCAUCUCUGGUCGAGGCCCCGGAGGCGCCCGCCUGCUUCUGUACCUGGGUCUGUGCCACCUGGGCCUCGGGGCCAUGGUCCUGGCCUUCUCCUUCACCAGCAUGGCCUUCACCUCGUCUGCGCGGGUCAGGCAGUCCUGUCCCUUCUGGGCCGGAUUUUUUGUGGUGGCAUCGGGGAUUGUUGGCAUUAUUUCGUGGAGGAGACCUUUGACAUUGGUGGUGUCUCUGUUCAUGCUGCUGUCCGCAGUGUGCGUGAUCCUCAGCCUGGCGGGCUCCAUGUUGUCCUGUCAGAACGCGCAGUUGGUCAAGUCCAUGCUCACCUGCCAGGCGGAAAACGGCCGCUGCGUGUGCUGCGCGCCCACCGAGUCCUGCUCCAGUAAGGAAGACGGAACCCUGGUACUGAACCUCAACUCCGACUGCCACUCCGUUCGACACCAACUAAAGGACUUGUUAUUUAGCGCCUGCGGUCUCAGCAUCCUUUCCACCAUCAUCUGUACUCUGUCCACGGUCACCUGCAGCAUCCACAUCUUCUCCCUGGACUUUGUGCACCUGUUGGCGCCGCAUAGGUCUCGCUCCGUCAACCCAGAAUGCACCACGCCUCAGGACGCCUUCCUGACCAACAUCAUGGACUUCGAGGAGUUCGUGCCACCUAUUCCUCCGCCUCCUUAUUAUCCUCCGGAGUACACCUGCAGCUCCGAGACAGACGCUCAAAGUAUCACUUACAACGGCUCCAUGGAGAGCCCAGUUCCUCUGUACCCGACUGACUGUCCUCCUCCGUACGAGGCUGUGAUGGGACAAAGGGCCGCCAGCCAGGUGACAAUGUUUGACCACAACGGUGCUGAGCUCUCUGGAGAAAGGGGAACGUCCACAGCGUUCAGUGGAGAAGUCUCGAUGGAUAGUGGAUCUUUGCUAAUGUCGGAGAUCGUGGACAUCCCGGAUGAUUCGUCCCCGUCCGAGGACUCGUGUCUGCUGGAGGUGGGGCUGAGGAAGCAGGGAGGCCGAAGGAGCAGGGCGGCCAGCGAGCUGAGCGACGGGGGAGAUGGAGGCGGGGAGCGCCUCAGCCUGCGCUGUCCCCGCUCUCAGACGCCAGAGAGCCCCUUGGCCGGGGGACCCAGAGCCCGGUGCUUUCUCAGAGGCGAGAGGUCCAACUCUUGCUCGUCGCCGAGCACUGAGACCCCCACGUACAGGUCUCCGGUGUUGCGGCGCCAGGCCGUGUUGGCUCGCAGCUGUUCCCAGCUGGAAGCGCUAGGGCCCUCCACCUCCCAACCGCGCUGCUCCAUCCCAGACAUUCGGGUUCGACCCUCCACGCCUUUGCACCAAGUCGCUGCCCGUGACUCCUCGGCUCCAUGUGCGGGUCAGAAUAGCGUUCCGCCGGCGCAACGUCUGCCCUUGUACCUGCGACGCCGGGCUGCGAGGAACGAUGGCAGAAGCCUUGUAAGGUCACACAGCGAACCCGACCUCAGUUCCUCUCACACAGCUGACUUUAUCUUUGGAUGCAGUAAGGCUUACCUGGAUACAGGUCCGUUCACUGAGGCGUCUCUGUUGCCUUGCACGCCCUCGCCGCCUGCUGACGCUUUGCCAAGAAAAGACGGCGUGAAACCCACAGCUCCGGGCGUGCAGGUUCCCUUUAAAGUGCCGCCCGUGUCGCCGCUGCGUUUACCCAAAGAAUGCCACCGUUCUCUUGGGGACCUUAAGGUGACUCGAGUCCUGGUGGCUCGCUUUCUGCAGCGCUCCAAACGCAACCUGGCGCCCUCUUCUGAGCUCGCUGGGAACGCGGGGCAGGUGCCUAAAAGACGGGGAGGGUCCGAGAGCGCCGCCACCACCCAUCUGCCUAUGGAGGUGUGGCGGACGCCUUGGAACGUCAGCCGAGGACCGGCCAACAACCAGCACCUUCAUCCCCGCGCUCACCGCCACUCCCACAGCGACGGCCGACACGGCGUGCGGGUCCCAGACGGGAUGCACCUGCGCAGCUGUGAGGAUUUAAGCUCCUCCUCCUCGCAAUCUUUACGUCGGCUGGUGUCGCCGCGCCUGCUGCGUGGUUCAUCGGGAGUGCUCUACUCCGAGUCUGCGCUUUGAGGAGGGUUGGCGGCGUUGGCACACUAUCAGUUCUGGUAUGGUCUUGCAGUGGUCAGUGGUGCUUUAUUGGAGUGAAAUUACCGCCUAAACUCCACAAACACACAAAAAAGUUUUUACCCACGCCCAACGAUGCGCAAGUAAAAAAAAAAAUAAAAAAAAUUUUGCAAAUUACAUUUUUUUCUGCAAGUAAAAAAGAAAAUUAUUCACAAGUGUAAAAACAAUUUUCUUCAAUUAAAAAAAUAUUGUAAAGUUUAAAAACAAUUUUCUGUAUUUAGAUUUUUUUUUGCAACUAUGAACCAUUUUCAGCAAGUAAAAACUUACAUUAAAAAAAUUUAACAAAUCGCACGUAAAACAAAUGUUUUUUUCAGCAAAAAAAGAUACUCAAGUAUGAAAACAAUCGGCAAGAAUAAAAAAAACAAAUUCAAAUAAAAAUCCUGAAUCGCAAGUAAAAAAAAAAACAUUUUUCCGCAAGUAAGAUUUUAAAUUAGAAAAAUUCAACAAAUCGCACGUAAAAAAGAUACUCAAGUAUGAAAAAAAUUGGCAAGAAUGGAAACAAAAUCAAGUAAAAAACACGAAUCGCAAGUAAAAAAAAACAUUUUUCUGCAAGAACUUAAACCAAAAAAUGUUAACGAUUCCAGGUAAAAAAAUAAAUAAAUUUUAUU